CGCCCGGCCCUCGGGGCGGCGCCGCACUGUCGGGACGCCUUCCUGGACUUCGUGCUGGACGUGGCCUUCGACGUCCGGGAGCACUACGAGCGGGUGCAGCGGCCCAGCCUGGCGCCGCAGCGCGCGGGGCCAGCGCCCGCCCCGGCUGGCUGGGGCCCCGCCGGUGAACCAGAGCCGCUCGACGCUGCGCAGAGCUCGCCUGGGCCGCCGGCCCCGAGGCACCUGUCCUCGGAUGUGGCCACGGUUCUCGUCAUCCUGAAGUCGUUCGUGGGCGGCACCCUGCUGGUGGUCCCGAGGGAGUUCCUGCGGGCGGGGGUCCUGUCCGGCACAGUGCUGUUCUGGGCCGUCGGGCUCCUGAAGCUGCUGCAGGCACACCAGCAAAGGGGCGGCUCCCUGGGGACGCUGGCCCGCCUCGCGCUGGGCGCCGCGGGGGCCGCGGCGGUGGAGUGCUCCGUCGUGCUGUCGCAGCUGGGCUUCGCUGCCGCGGAGAUGAUCUACGUUGCCAGGAACGGAGCUUCGGCGCUCGAGUGGUUGUCCGAGAACUCGCCCGCUGCAUCCGCUUGGCUUGGCGAGGUCGACGUGGCGGGUAUGACGGCCACGCUCACAUGGCUGCAGCUACUUUUCAUCGUGCCGGCGUCUUGGUACAGGGAGCUGAGCGCUUUCACUGUCUACAACUUCGUGGGCAACGUGCUCGUGCUGGGCACCGUGGUGUUCUUGUCCAGCAUCACCGUGACCGGGCUGGCGCGUGAGGGCAUGUCUCAAGAUUGGGAGCUUGGUUGUCCCACGAAGCAGGCCCUCGUCUUCCUGGGUUUUUCUACUUAUGCAUUUGAGGGUAUUAAUAUGGUUAUCCCGAUGUACCGGGUGCACAGGGACAAGAACACGUUCGCUGGUUUGCUUGUCGCAACGAUCGUUGGGAUCAUCAUGUUGUUUUCUGUGUUUGCUUGUUCCAACGUCUUCCUUUACGGGCAGUCAGUGAAGCCGAUAUUGACGCUGAAUUUGCCACAGAAGUCAGCUGCCGCUGGGCUAGUACCACUCGCAUUCUCCCUCGCUUCGCUGGUGCUCGUGCCCCUCAUGGUGUUCCCGACGUUCGAGAUUCUCGAGGGCGCCGCGAGGCGGGGCUGCGGCGCUCUCCUGGUGGGCAGCCCCGCGAGAGUCAACGCCCUGCGCGGCGCCGUGGUGCUGCUGUGCGCCGUGGUGGCGCGCGAGGGCGGCGCCUACCUGGACGUCUUCCUGUCCCUGGUAGCUCCGCGAGCGCUGGGGGCGCCCCCCCCGGGUGGCGCCGCGCGCGGGGCGGAGCUGGCGGCCUUCCCCCCCGCGGCGGGCGGGCCGAUGAGCCACGGCUGGCACGCCGGCACGCCGGCGCGCGAGAGCGCGCAGGCCCGGCUGCUGAGGGCGGCGGAGGAGGAUCGCGUGGAGCAUCUGCGGAGGCAGGCUCAGGACGGACGACCUCGCUCUCGAAGCAGUCGUGGACGGCGACGGCCAGACGCUGCUCCACGUCGCGGCCUUGCGAGGGUGACCGUGCGGUGGGAGCCGGACGGCGAGGCCCACCGUUGCGCGCUGGGCGAGCUCGGGCAGGUGCAGUGGCUGCCGGAGGGCGACGAGCUGCUGGACCUGCUGGAGCGGCUGCGCGCGGAGCGCGCCGCGGACGUGGAGUCCGUGAAGGGCGAGGGGUACGACGCCGUGCUGAUGAGCGUGGAGGACGAUGUCAGGGAGGAGCUGAGGGCCCUGCGGUGGAUGAGCACGGAGCUCGCCGGGACAGACGAUAUGAGGCAGCUGUUGAGGGAGAACAGGGAGCUCAGGUCCGAGGACGUCCUGGCCUUCCUGCUGGGCCCCGACGGCGGCGCCGCGAGGCUCGUGCACGCGCGCGACGCGAACCGGUGCUGGUGA